GGCACCAUUCUUUUUUCUUUCUAUCCCCUGGCCUUCAGAAAGGUGUGUUCCUUUCACAAGACCGACGGCUCUCUUUCUUCUCCCUCUCUUUCUACAAGUAAUUCAGCCAUCAGGAAGGAGGCUGAGGAAAGAUGGCUAGUGAUUUAGUACUCCUGGCUGCAGUCUCUGCUCUAUCUGUCUUCCAGCAAAUUUUCUUUGCUAUUCAAGUGGGAAGAGCAAGGCUGAAGUACAAGAUCUCACCCCCGGCUGUCACCGGGUCACCAGAUUUUGAGAGAAUAUUUCGUGCACAACAAAACUCAAUGGAAUAUUACCCCAUGUUCCUGAUCACCUUCUGGAUGGCUGGAUGGUUCUCCAACCAAGCCUUAGCUGCCCUUUCUGGCCUGGUAUACCUGUAUGCUCGUCACAAAUACUUCUCUGGAUAUUCAAAGUCAGCUGAUGGAAGGAUUCUAGGCUUCCGGAUGAGUUUGGGAGUUUUGGCUCUGCUGGUCAUCCAGGCUACCAUAGGAAUUGCCUAUGACUUUCUGAACGACAACUAGGUCUUCAAAAUUUUCAAGAAAGUGCUUGGACUGUACUAGAAAUUUUUCUCCCUGUUAAUCAUUUCAAGUUUUUUCCACCCGAGAAAAUGAACCAAAACAUGUGAAAUCAAAAUUGCUAUGUUUGAAUUGAAUCAUAGAUUGAUAAUGCGAGAAAUCAUUCAGCCCAUUUUACCGUGGGAAGAAACUGAGACCCAGAGAAUUUGUCUCUAUUUUUGUUUUCUUGAGAUGACUUUGGAAAAAUGUUCCCUUCCCAGAAAUCAUAACUUACUUGAUUUUCUAUGAACUGUUAUUUGUGCUUGUAUGAUGGAGCUAAAAAUCCAGAAAACAAAUACCUUGUUUUUGUUUUGUUUUUUAAAGAAAUUGUUGCUGAAGGACAACAUGCUUGCAUUGGGGGGAAUCAAAUAAAUAACUUUGCUUGUCACCUA